GGAGGGGAGAGGGCGCAGCCUCUCUGCCUGCCACUGUGAUGUCACAGAGUAAACCUCAUGUGUCAGCCAGCCCCACCCUGACUGGUAUACUAGCUGCAGGACAUCCUUUCCAUCCUCUCCAGACCACCUUACACCACCUUAGCACUCUGCAGGCAAGAGGGAGCCUGAUUCAUCUUCACACAAGAUACUCAUUCCACUCAACCAGUUAAAACAGAGACGAUAAACUGAAACUCUUUGACUCAGAACUUCAAGUGAAUGAACAAGUCCUCUCAACUGACUCAAAAUGUUUGUCUCACCCAGAAGAUGGAGCUCCCGAAGGUCUUCUCUGGCCAAUGGACAUUCCUAUCUGCCAUCCUCAACCUGCUAUCACUCGGCCUCUCCACAGCAUUCCUGCUCAGCAACUCCUGGUUUGUGGACACACAGAAGGUGCCCAAGCCCCUGUGCAGAGAAGGUCUGGCAACCAAGUGCCUUGAGCUGCCAGUGCCCUUGGAUGGGGGCAGCAGCAGCACAUCAUCCCAGGAGGUGGUGCAAUGCACCUGGGAGGCUGGGGAUGACCAAUUCUCCUGCCAUACCCUCCGGAGUGGCAUGCGGCUAUCCUGUGAGGAAACUGUGGAAGAACCAGGGGAGAAAUGCCGAGGUUCCCUUGAACUCACACCACCAACCAAGAGAGGUGAGAAAGGACUACUGGAAUAUGCCACGUUGCAAGGCCUACAUCACCCCACUCUCAGAUAUGGAGGGAAGCGGUUAAUGGAGAAGGCUUUCCUCCCCCACCCUCCCUUGGGGCUUGUGGCAAAGAUCCUAUGGCUAUUACUGGGAGCCCGGUUUGCCUGCAUCGGACUUGAACUCAUCAGUUUCCUCCUCCUAUUAACGGACUUGCUGUUCACCGGGAACCCUGGCUGCGGGCUCAAGCUGAGAGAGCCUUUGCCGCUAUCUCCUCUGUCAUGUCAGUACAGCCUGAAUUUCCUUCACCUGCUGCAUGGCAUCAGCUGUCACCACCUUCAAGACGUACACCAAGCUAGUGCUGGAGUUCCAGUGCAAGCACAGGAAGAGCUUCAAAGGAAACCUGAGUUGCCUGCCACACCAUCACCAGUGUUUCCUCCAACUGCUGCCAAGUGCAGCCCACAUGGGGGGCCCUCUGACCAGCUACCACCAGAGCCACAAUCAGCCCAGCCGCCCUGUCUCCGAAGGAGUUGACUUCUACGCAACCAGGAAUUCCAACAAGACACCAGCCGGGGGCUAUAAGAACUGGCUGGGUCUCCUGUAGAAGAAUAGUGUUAGGAGUAAGUGGGUUUGGAGAGCAGGCUGAGCCCCACCUUACAUGCUUGUUGUCAACACGUGCUUAAGCCGAAGUCUGUUUCUUGAGCAUGGUUUUUAGAGGUUAAGGACAAGGGUAUGUCCAAGUACAAGUACAAAGUGUUUGUGCGGGGCGUGCCGGGUGCCACUGCUCCCUUUCCCUUCACAGCUCAAUCUCCUUUCACUGUCUAUACCUCACGCGUUCAGAUUCGUUUUCUCUCCUUUACUCAUUGCUUGCUAUGAGCUGGGUUCUGGGCUAAGCAAUGAAGAUUUUAAAAAAGAGAAGCAAAAUGCAGUUCUUGCCCUUUAAGGGCUUAUCAAUCUGGUCAUCUGUCUGGGGUUUGGAGGAAUGGAGGUGGGCAAAUCAGCAGCCGAUGCUUGUGGCUCAAUUAUGCAUGGUGCACUUGAAUGUCCUGGAAGUCACAGAAGGAAACGAAGGCAAUCCUAGGGGCUGUGACAUGUAGAUGUCCCUCACACUGCCUCUUACAUGCUCUGCCUCCACACAGUGGACACCCAAUGAAAGUGUAAUUAAGUAUGAUCCUAGAAGCCAGUAGGAGAUGAGUGUGGAUGAGAAGGCUCCAACCACAUGCGGGGACAGGCCCACUUCCAGAAAUGGCCCACUGAGGCUACUGAGGCAGGACUAUGCCUCCCCAGUGGAGAAACACCCAGUGAACAGGCUGCGGGCUGUGCUCGUCUCUCUCGAUCCCCACCUUCUCACCCAUCCACAGGGGGAAAAAACCAUCCUUGAUAGUUAAGAAUGAGAAUGGCACACAAGUAUGUUCCUA